CCAUGACAAAAACGAGUACGGUACUGCUGUCCGAGCUGCCGCUGGUUCCAACCCAGGUUCCAAUCUCCGCGGCUGUGCGAGAACCGCGGUUCUUCGAGCAGUACCAUUCGUGAAAGUGAACGGAUCGGAGUGAGGCGGGCGCGCGCGUCAACUUUGCUCACGGAGAUGACGUCCACAUCUUCAACGCUCGACGGUUUACCUAAACAGUUCGUAGCGGCCAUGCGCACGCUAUUCGACAUCAUGGACGAUAAACGGACCGGGUUCGUAAACUUCGCGGACAUCGAGGCCAGAUGGCAAGACGACGGCUCCAAAGGUUUACCCAAAGGCGUGCUCGACAGUCUUCGCAAAGUGACCCCGUCGAACGGGAUGUUGAGCUUCGAGCGUUUCUGUGCGGGCCUAAAAAUAUGCCUGCUUAGGAACCAAGUCGAACGGAGGAACGAGACGAACCUGAAACCGCCCGAUUUGGCGAAGAAUAACCCCAACAACAGGCCGCCUUCGGCACCUCUGCUGGACGUGGUGGACAAAACGCAACCGACGAAACCUUCGUGGGGCUCCGCGGCCAACAAUACGGUAGCGAUCAGACCAAUUAGCGUGAUUUCUUCUCAACAACGGACGAUCAGCAUGCCGCAACUGAAAGAUGCCACGCAAAACGAGCAAGCAUUUGAAAGCAAACCCGUUCCGAAUAUAAACAAAACCACGCUGUAUGGCCCGCCGAAACCCCCGCGCACCGCUAUCGGUAUGGAACGUAACACGGUAACUGCUGCCCCAGGCAACCUAGACAGGGCCGAGAUACGGACGGCUCUCGCCAACUGGCAAAUGGGGCUGAUGACCAAUCAGGAUUCGAACAAGGCGGAAAAAAGGGUCGUGUCUACGAACAACGUUCCUCAGACUUAUUCUGGCGGUCUGCUUCGGCCUAGUCGCAGUUUGGGAGACGGCAAAGCGGCGGUACAAGAUGUCGCGGUACAGGGGCUGUACCAGAAGAAAUCUAACGCGAGAAGACGCGAACCGAGAAGACACACGUUGCAAAAUGGCAUCGACUACAAUAUGCUCAAGAGGAUGAAACAAAUAGAACAAGAAAAAGAGGUACUGAUGUCUGGACUGGCCGCCGUAGAAAAAGCACGAGAUUGGUACUUGAAACAAGUCACCGUAGUACAGGAAAAAAUGAAAUACCUGGGAAGAAUGGGACACGUGGAAACUUGGUCGGAGGCCCAACAAGAAAGGCUGGAUCUUCAGAGAGCGCGGGUGCUCGAAGUCAAUCGGCACCUAUCGGCGUUAACUGAAAGCUGGGAGCGGGGUGGUCUGCCACUUCAUAUGAACUUGGCCGUCCACCAUUAUCCGCCAUCGCAUCAUGAUCCAAGCGAUCGACUCAAACAACAGAAUAGGUUAUUAACCGAGGAGGUUACCAAGAAAAACGACAGAAUAUCGAACCUGGAACGUGAAAAGGCGAGUUUGAUACAACUUUUGCAGAUGAGAACAUCAAAUAGAAACAAUGUUCAAGAGGAGGCCGUUUUUUAAGUUAAUGCGUAUUUUAUUG